GAUAGAUCGGUCGACCAGCUCCACUACGCGGGCUUUGAACAUGGUGCAGCGUAGACUCACCGCCUCAUUGCAGAGUGGAAGAGAAGAAGUCGAUGCCUUUGAAGCCGUAGAGGGCGGGACGGAUCGUGUUUGUCGCGGCAGCAGUGCCUCAGAUGACGACAAUUCCUAUUAUGUGGUGCAUGGUGGAAGCCGAGCAGCGAGCUUGGAGUCCUGUAAGAAUGCCUGUGUCGACACGGAAGGAUGCAGAGGCAUCGAGUGGAGGCCAGGACGCUGCGAAGUCUGGACUCGUGUUGGUGGCAUCCAGGCAACCGCGGUGACUGUCGGUCCUGUCUGCUUGCGGUAUGUGCCCUUUGUCCUUGCAGAGGGCAGGCUGGACCGUGCGUGCCGGGGCGGAAGCGUGUCUGACAACAACCCAGCAUACUACGAGAUCAUGACUGCAAGCUCUUUGGAGGCUUGCCAGGACUUAUGCUUGGGUUUACCAGCUUGCUUGGGCAUCGAAUUCAGCGGUACUCGCUGUGAGCUGUGGCUUAACGUGUUGCUGCCCAGUGUGCUGUUACCGCCACGUGCUUGCCUUGUGACCUGUAGGGACGAGUUCGACAAUGAGACGAGCUUCUUUACGAGCAGCGAUUGCAAGGUGUGGACCCGGGCCUCUGGGAUCCAGACCACAGUGCAGCUGGCCGGCUCCAUCUGCCUCCGUGCCGGGACACUUGGAGUUCCCGAUGCGUUUCCACGAGUCGAUGGCGGCUUGGACCGAGCCUGCCGUGGCCAAUCGACCUCCGACUGGAGCCCGUCCUACUUCGUGUACUUCAACGCUGCGCAGGCUCCCACGCUCGAUGACUGCAAGGCCAGGUGCCUGAAGAUCGCCGAUUGCAAAGCUAUCGAUUUUAGCAGCAACGGCUGCAAUGUGUGGACGCGACCCGUCACCACCUCAAUCAGCUUCAGCGGAUCCACCUGCUUGAAGUAUGAACCCUUCGUGGGCAUUGAUGGGGGAGAGAAACGUGGCUGUUUUGGUCCGCCACCGUAUCAAAUCAAGACCUUGACUUUUCCAGCUGGAGAGAUCGCCGACCAGUGCAAGUUUGAGUGUGCGAGAACUCGAGCAUGCCAAGGCAUUGAAUACAGCAGUUCCGGAUGCAACAUUUGGACAUCCAACAUCUCAGGAAGCUACUCCAGCGAGACUCGGACCUGCCUGCGCUAUCAGCCUCUCAUACCGGUCGGCGGUGGCUUAGAUAGAGCUUGUAGUGGCAUGGACCCCACUGAUGCCUGGCCAAGCUACUACAGUCUCACGAGUUCCGAAUCUUUCUCCCUUGCCUCGUGCAAGACACUGUGCCUUUCAACCAUCGGAUGCAAAGGCAUUCAGUACACAGCAGGAAACUGUCAGGUUUGGACUCGGCGCGGAGGCAUCCAGUCUUCCAGGGAUCAGAGUGGUUCCUUGUGUCUGCGCGUGGGUGGCGGGGACAUUUGGGAGGAUGCCAGCGCCUUCAUGUCAAUGGAUGAAGGCCACACUUGCGGCGGUGAGGGAUUGACGGCCCUCGUGCACGGGCCUGAGAGAGCCGGAUCUUUGCAAGACUGUGAGUUGAGAUGUGCAUCCAUGCCUGGUUGCAGAGGGGUCGAUUUCGGAGUAGGAGGAUGCAGAACGUGGCACGGGCCUGGAGUGGUCAUGGCAGCUGCAGAGCCGGGGUCGACUUGCCACCGCUUCUUGCCGUUUCGCGACGUGGACGGGGGCGAAGGCCGCGCUUGCAGGGGCUUGCAGGGCCCGGAAGAUGUGCAGAGCUCGUACUACCUGCAGCGCUCGGCCGCAUCGUUGCAGGACUGCCAGGACCUCUGUGUGAGGCAGUCCGAGACCGAUGUGACAAGCUGCAAAGGCGUCUCUUACGACUCGGUCUCCGGCACCUGCCUCGUGUGGACUCUGGCAAUCGGGGCCACCGCAGAGAGCUCAACGUCGGUCUGCCAGCGCUACGAGCCUUUCGUGGAGAUGGGCCGGGCCGGAGGUCUUCCAGAGCUAGUCCAAGGAGUUGAGUUCGGUCCGGAUGGCUGCAAGAUGUGGAAUCGGGACGUGCGGGCAACAGCCGAAGCCUUUGGUUCCAUUUGCCUACGGUUGGCGGUGCAGCGGCUGGAGGAGGUCGCUGAGUCGGCGGAUGCCUUCCAACCGGUGGAGGGCGGCAGCGGGCGUGCAUGCCGUGGGGCCGACAGCACCGACACCAACGCGGCGUACUACGACUACUACCACCCGUCAGUUGUGACCACGAUGUCCGAAUGCAAGGGCUUGUGCAUUGAGACGUCGGGCUGCCAAGGCAUCCAGUUCAGCAUUCACGGCUGUCAGGUUUGGACCCGUCCGGCGGGCAUCCAAAGCACCGCCCCAUCGCCCGACCUGACCUGCCUCAGUUACAAACCUUUCCGUCUCGUGGAUGGCUUCACUGACCGAUCCUGCCGUGGGACCAGCGUGCAGGACAAUGCUCCCUCGAACUAUCUGAGCCUGACGGCUCCUUCCCUGGCAGACUGCCAGAGCGCCUGUGCACAAGAGCCUGGGUGCAAGGGAGUUGAGUACAACGUCAGUGGCACGGCAUGUGAGGUGUGGGCGUUGCCCUCAAGCAUAGCGGCGAGCGUUGCUUCGCAGGGAACCACGUGCAUGAGGUACGAACCCUUCGUUGCAGUUGAUGGUGGCUUGGACAGGUCAUGCCGCGGAGCACAUGCAGAGGACGACUGGCCGAGUUACUACACGGUCCACGAGUACACUUGGCUGUCUGGCCCAUCCAUCGAGGAAUGCAAAGAGAGAUGCCUGUCUACGCCUGGUUGCCGAGGCGUGGAAUACACAAAAGGACAGUGCAAAGUUUGGACUCGACAGGGAGGAAUCCAGUCCAGUGCUCCAAGUUCUGGAUCCUUGUGCUUGCGCUUCGGUGCCUUUGAUUCCCUGGAGUUGCUUGAUGCUUUCUGGCCUGUUGAUGGUGCGGACCGUGCUUGCCGUGGCAGCUCCCGUGAGGACCUCCAGCCCAGCUACUACACGUCCGUGGGCCCAGACAAGGCCGCAUCUCUCGAAGCAUGCAAGAGUCUAUGCGUCCGGACAUCCGGCUGCAAUGCCAUCCAGUUCACAUCCAUGGAGUGCCAGCUGUGGACACGAAGCGGCGGUGUGGAGGCCACAAUUGCACAGACGGGCUCGUCUUGCCUCCUCUUCCGUCCCUUUCGCACCGUGGACGGUGGCCAGGAUCGUCUGUGCGCUGCCACAGGUAGCCAGCCCAGCGCAAUGGCUGCGGACAGCCUGAGCUCGUGCCAGAUGCUCUGCGAAGGCUCGCCGUGGUGUGCUGGGAUCAGCUUCGAUUCUGGCGAUUGCCUCGUCUUCACCGGUGAGUUCUCCAGCCAGGCAAGCCAAGGCAGCCAGUGCCUCAGCUACGAGCCCUUCGUGGCGGUGGAUGGCGGGGUGGACAGGGCUUGCAGAGGCUCGCACGAAGACGACAUCAGCAGCUUCUAUUACCAAGACUACUCCCCAGCCGAAGCGCCGACAUUGGAGCAGUGCAAGCUGCUGUGUGCAGCCACGGAGCAGUGCCAGGGGCUGGACUUCUCCCAAGACGGCUGCAAGGUGUGGACGCGUUUCGGGAUCCAGACUACGAAGGCCAGCCAAGGGCACCUCUGCUUGCGCUACGGAAGUCCGGAUCCUUUACUCACGGCUUCUGCUUUUGAGCCUGUGGGAGGAGGCAUGAACAGAGCCUGCCGUGGCCAGGACGAGAUGGAUAACUUGGACAGCCACUACCUUGUCUUUACCGCAUGGCCUGAGAAUUCAUCGAUGGAUGCCUGCCAAAGGCUGUGCAUGAGGACCGAGGUGUGCAAAGGCAUUGAGUUUCGCUUGGGUGCCUGCGAGAUUUGGACCCUUGCGGAUGGGAUCCAGGCUUCAGUCAGCGCACCAGGAAGAGCUUGCUUCCGAUACAGGCCCUUCAGGACGCUGGACGGCUUCUCUGACCGGGUUUGUCGCGGGAGCGGGGCGAGCGACACCCAGAGCAGCUACUACGAAAUCUACUCUCCGCUGGAGGCUCCGAGCUUGGACUCCUGCAAGGCGCUCUGCAUGAAGAAGCGGGAGACUGAGACUGCGAGCUGCAGAGGCAUCGAGUACCGAGGCUGGUGCGAGGUCUGGACAAGGCUGGAAGGAAUCGGAGCUGUUGCCCCUUCCCCCGGAUCCCAGUGCCUGCGCUACUUGCCCUUCAUCAACAUUGAAGGUGGGAUCAACCGAGCCUGCCGGGGUUCGGACCCACGGGAUUCUUACAGCAGCUACUACAGUUUCUUCAGUGGCAGAACGGUGGAUGAAUGCAAGAUUCUCUGUACAACAACCGCCGGAUGCAAGGGUAUUGAAUUUCGCGAUGGACGUUGUGAAGUGUGGACUCGGCGCGGUGGGAUCCAGGCCUCCACGUAUACGAAAGGCUCUUUGUGCAUGAGCUAUGGUGGGGAGGAUGCUUUUGAGGACAGUCAUGCCUUCACAGCUCUCAACGGAGGUUAUCCCUCGACAUGCCAUGCAGCUGCGUUGACCGCGUUCUCUGUUGGCGUGCAGCAGGUGUCGACACUGUACAGCUGCCAAUUGCGAUGUGUGUCCAUGCCGGGUUGUCGAGGAGUUGGCUUCGGUUCUGCAGGAUGCACAGUCUGGCUGGGAUCCGGAGAGCUUUCUGUAUCAGACGGAGGAUCCGGUACUUGCCACCGCUUCUUGCCGUUUCGCGACGUGGAUGGGGGCGAAGGCCGCGCUUGCAGGGGCUUGCAGGGCCCAGAAGAUGUGCAGAGCUCGUACUACCUGCAGCGCUCGGCCGCAUCGUUGCAGGACUGCCAGGACCUCUGUGUGAGGCAGUCCGAGACCGAUGUGACAAGCUGCAAAGGCGUCUCUUACGACUCGGUCUCCGGCACCUGCCUGUUGUGGACUCUGGCAAUCGGGGCCACCGCAGAGAGCUCAACGUCGGUCUGCCAGCGCUACGAGCCUUUCGUGGAGAUGGGACGGGACCGGGCGUGCAGCGGCUCCAGCAGCGACUACACGCAGUUGAGCUUCUCCCAAGCUUCGAGCCUGGACGCUUGCCGUGGCCAGUGUGUGGCUAAUGUCGGCUGCACAGGUAUCGAGUUCAGCCAGCAGCGCCUCCGAUGUCGACUUUGGCUGCGCAGGGUGCAGAGCACGCUGCCUGAGUUGGCGGUGCAGCGGCUGGAGGAGGUCGCUGAGUCGGCGGAUGCCUUCCAACCGGUGGAGGGCGGCAGCGGGCGUGCAUGCCGUGGGGCCGACAGCACCGACACCAACGCGGCGUACUACGACUACUACCACCCGUCAGUUGUGACCACGAUGUCCGAAUGCAAGGGCUUGUGCAUUGAGACGUCGGGCUGCCAAGGCAUCCAGUUCAGCAUUCACGGCUGUCAGGUUUGGACCCGUCCGGCGGGCAUCCAAAGCACCGCCCCAUCGCCCGACCUGACCUGCCUCAGUUUCUCACCUUUCCGUCUCGUGGAUGGCUUCACUGACCGAUCCUGCCGUGGGACCAGCGUGCAGGACAAUGCUCCCUCGAACUAUCUGAGCCUGAUGGCUCCUUCCCUCGCAGACUGCCAGAGCGCCUGUGCACAAGAGCCUGGGUGCAAGGGAGUUGAGUACAACGUCAGUGGCACGGCAUGUGAGGUGUGGGCGUUGCCCUCAGGCAUAGCGGCGAGCGUUGCUUCGCAGGGAACCACGUGCAUGAGGUACGAACCCUUCGUUGCAGUUGAUGGUGGCUUGGACAGGUCAUGCCGCGGAGCACAUGCAGAGGACGACUGGCCGAGUUUCUACACGGUCCACGAGUACACUUGGCUGUCUGGCCCAUCCAUCGAGGAAUGCAAAGAGAGAUGCCUGUCUACGCCUGGUUGCCGAGGCGUGGAAUACACAAAAGGACAGUGCAAAGUUUGGACUCGACAGGGAGGAAUCCAGUCCAGUGCUCCAAGUUCUGGAUCCUUGUGCUUGCGCUUCGGUGCCUUCGAUUCCGUGGAGUUGCUUGAUGCUUUCUGGCCUGUUGACGGUGCGGACCGUGCUUGCCGUGGCAGCUCCCGUGAGGACCUCCAACCCAGCUACUACACGUCCGUGGGCCCAGACAAGGCCGCAUCUCUCGAAGCAUGCAAGAGUCUAUGCGUCCGGACAUCCGGCUGCAAUGCCAUCCAGUUCACAUCCAUGGAGUGCCAGCUGUGGACACGGAGCGGCGGUGUGGAGGCCACAAUUGCACAGACGGGCUCGUCUUGCCUCCUCUUCCGUCCCUUUCGCACCGUAGACGGUGGCCAGGAUCGUCUGUGCGCUGCCACAGGUAGCCAACCCAGCGCAAUGGCUGCGGACAGCCUGAGCUCGUGCCAGAUGCUCUGCGAAGGCUCGCCGUGGUGUGCUGGGAUCAGCUUCAAUUCUGGCGAUUGCCUCGUCUUCACCGGUGAGUUCUCCAGCCAGGCAAGCCAAGGCAGCCAGUGCCUCAGCUACGAGCCCUUCGUGGCGGUGGAUGGCGGGGUGGACAGGGCUUGCAGAGGCUCGCACGAAGACGACAUCAGCAGCUUCUACUACCAAGACUACUCCCCAGCCGAAGCGCCGACAUUGGAGCAGUGCAAGCUGCUGUGUGCAGCCACGGAGCAGUGCCAGGGGCUGGACUUCUCCCAAGACGGCUGCAAGGUGUGGAACGGCACCCAAGAGAUCCAAUCCACCAAAGCCAGCCAAGGGCACCGGUGCUUGCGGUACGGAAGGCGUGACCCUGUCUUGGAUUCCUCGUCCUUCCGGGCAGUGGAGGGUGGCGUCGGGCGGGCUUGCCGUGGCAGGAACGAGACAGACAAUCUGGACAGCCACUACUCGGUGCACGUCUUCUGGCCCGAGAAUGCCAGCGUAGAAGCAUGCCAGCAGCUUUGUGUGGAAACCGCUGCUUGCAAAGGCAUCGAAUUCCGCUUGG